CUUGUGCUAUUUUUUGUUCCCAACUGUGCCUUUGUUUUUUUCUAUCUCUUUUUCUAUCUCUGUGUGUGAGGUCAUUCCCACUGUCUCCCUUAAUCCCUCGUGGUGGUCAUCUUUCUGUCCCAGGGUUCAUUUCUAAUCCAUCCAUGGUUCUAUGCUGUAGCUGCUAACACCCUCCAUCUGUCCCUGUCCUCAUAUAAAAAUGAGCCAUUGUUCUGCAUUACAAAACUCCCAUAAUUCACAGGGACUCUCCUCUCAUCCUUUGUGUGCCUGUAUUUCAUCCACUGUGAACCCAACCUACUAUCACCAAAAGUUUCACCAUGUUUGAUGUAGAGGAGGAAUAUGAUGAACAAGCAGAGGAGGAUACUCAGGAAGAAGAGGAGGAAAGACCCCGGCCCAAACCCAUGGUUCCACAACUUGCCCCUCCAAAGAUUCCAGAGGGUGAGCGGGUUUUUUUCGAUGAUAUUCACAGAAAAAGGAUGGAGAAGGACCUUCUGGAGUUGCAGACUUUAAUUGAUGUCCACUUUGAGCAGAGGAAGAAAGAGGAGGAAGAACUGAUCGGUCUCAAGGAGAGAAUUGAGCGGCGGCGGUCAGAAAGAGCAGAGCAGCAGCGUGUUAGAGCAGAGAAAGAAAGAGACAGACAGACGAGGAUUGCGGAAGAGCGUCAGAGGAAAGAGGAUGAGGAGGCUAAGAAGAGAGCAGAAGAUGAGGCCAAGAAGAAGAAGGUUUUGUCCAACAUGGGGGCAAACUUUGGUGGCUUCUUAGCCAAGGCAGAGCAGAAACGGGGGAAACGUCUUACUGGAAGAGAGAUCAAGAGAAAGACUCUUUCAGAAAGGCGCUCUCCUCUUGGCAUCGAAAAUCUGCGAGAAGAUGUGUUAAGGCAACGAGCUCAGGAGAUGUGGAACUGGAUUUACCAGCUGGAGUCAGAGAAGUUUGACCUCUUGGAUCAGAUGAAGAGACAGAAGUAUGAGGUGUGGUGAUUUGAUUCACUGAGGGAGAAUUGAAGUUAGCGAGAACUAAGGGUUGGCAACUAAUGAAGGAUUAUACAGUAUUAAAUCUGUCUGUGUUUGUUUUGGCAAAUACUAAUCUGUGC